AGCUCUCCAUCCCUGCCUCGACUGUUUGCAGGCCAGGUUGGCACGGGCCGCGUCGCAGGCAGCAGCUCUCGCGCGACCGAGCUGUCCCUGGCCUCCAUGUGUUUGCGGGACUCGUAUUAAAUUUUGCGCCGUGCGCUUUCGUAACAAUUUUCCACACUCGAUGCGGUAAUCUCACGCACGAGCUUUACACCGUACAUACGCCUCGCACACCUCUUAUCGCACUGCGAGUUCUUCAACUCGUUAUCACGCGACGUGCACACGAUGUCGUUGGCUUAUCGCGAGCCGCUACCUGCACCAGCAACGGCACGGAAUAACUCGACUGAAAAUUCUGACGGAGGUGCAAGAGCGAGAUAAGUCAUCGCGUGUUUUUUUUGCCUUUUUUUCUUGGCCAGAAAUGAACUUUGGAUAAGGAGUCGUUUCGCGCAAGCUUAUACGAGCUUGCACACACGUGCUCGAUAGAAGCGCGAUACACGAGCGCAUAAAAGUGCGACGCGGAAGCUUGCGCUGUCGGCGAGAAGAAAAAGAAGAGGAAGAAGGAGCACAGUGUCGGAGAGCGUUGUAUAGUGAGAGAGAGAGAGAGAGAGGAGGGCAGAGGUAUAAUCAGGGGGCCAUUGUGAUGCGUCGAGGCGCGCGAUCAUCGGAUCCGGCGAGCUGCCAAGCGGACGUAGGAAGCUGUAAUCGAGAAAAGCUCGCGUGGAUUUGACGAACUAUGGAAAUUUCGUAAGCCAGUUAGUCCUCCCCACCAGAGGUUCCCGGUAACCUCAUGUCCGCAUUUUCCAUCAUCAAAUUGUCUUCCACGCGACGCAGGGAUAUAAUGUUACGUGUGCUGGGAGUUCGGCUGCUGUCGCGGCUCCUCGUCCUCGUUUGCUCGCUAUCCCUUCUAUCGCUGCUCUUCCUCAGCCGAUGCGGAUUCAACAACCUCGAUGCUGACCUCGUUGACACCUCCGGUCCAGCGACGCUGGCGAGCAACAGCCUCCUGGAAGCAAACCAACGCGAGGAGGAGACGCGGCUGGAGGUCGAGAGGCUCACCGCCGAGAUCCGUACGCUCAAGCUGCAGAUACUACAGCUGACGGGUGGACCACCGGGCCACGGGCUGGACACCUCGACGAUGCCGAACAGCAGCGAAAUCGGCGACUGCCUGGCGACUCGUCGCCAAAUAGACCAAGCCGAGAUCAGCCAAGGUUUAUCCCUCAACAACGAGUACGAGCUUAUCGCCUUCAGCCACUUCACCGUCUCUCGUCUCUACCCCGUGGACCUUGGCCUAGGCAAGCGUGUCGUCGAGAAGCCGAUCGGCUUCAAGCGCAAGGACCUGAACGAGGCGCUGCUCAAGGCCGUCGACAUCCUCAACAGGAACCUGACACUCCUGGGUCUACAGCAACCGUUGAACGCGAGGUACAGCGAGGACGACUUCCUGGAGGGUCUGUACAGGAUCGAGCCCACCACGGGUACUCAGUACGAGAUGUACUUCAGGACGAAGAACCUGAACAAGAGCACGGCGCAGACGAGUUCUCACAGCGGCACCGGAGCCCAGAGCAGCUUCACCAAGAUCACGCUGAUGAGGCCCUACGCGCCGAUCCAGUUCGUGGGUAUGGAACGCCAGCAGCGGAGUCGGGAGAAGGAGCUGAUCCACAUAAUCCUACCACUGUCCGGACGCACCGGUACCUUCCAGAGCUUCAUGGACAAGUUCGUUAAGAUCGGCUUGAAGAACGAUCGGAGGGUGCACUUGACGGUCGUGUACUUCGGAACCGAGGGUCUCAGCGAAGCUCGAGCCAUCAUGUCCAGGGUACUGAUGACUCGCGGAAGCGGAGGGACCAACCAGAACCUCAGGCUGCUCGCCCUGAACGAGACAUUCUCGAGGGGGAAGGGGCUGAGGGUCGGAGCCGAGAGAGCCUGGGGUCAGGGGGAAAAGGACGUGCUGCUGUUCAUGUGCGACGUCGACGUGGUCUUCAGCGCGAGGUUCCUCGAUAGGUGUCGAUGGAACACAGCCCCGGGCCGCAAAGUCUAUUACCCCAUUGUCUUCAGCCUGUAUAAUCCGCACGUCGUGUACACGCUGCAGGGCAGGGACGUGCCUCCGGAAACGGAUCAGCUUGUCAUCUCAAGGGAUACUGGCUUCUGGCGGGAUUUCGGUUACGGGAUGACCUGCCAGUACAGGUCGGACUUCCUGAGGGUCCGAGGCUUCGACGAAAACAUAGUCGGCUGGGGCGGCGAGGACGUCACCCUCUACCGCAAGUACGUCAAGAGCAACAUCAAGGUCAUCCGCGCGACCGACCCGGGAAUAUUCCACAUCUGGCAUCCCAAGGUCUGCUCGGGUGGUCCAGGUCAGCGGCUCUCGACCGAUCAGUAUCGAGCUUGCAUACGUUCCCGAGCUUUGAACGAAGCUUCCCACGCACAGCUGGGCUUCCUCGCCUUCCGCGAGGACAUCGCCAGUCAGGCGAUGAACUUCAAGGGCUCGACGGCGAAGAAGAAAAAGCCACCGCCCAAGAAGGAGAAACGAGCCAAACAACUAGCCAAGACCCAGGCGAAUAUCAGGGAAGCCAAGGUCAUGGCCAGGACGCUCAAGGAUCAGACCUGAUCGGUGCACCUCGAGCUCUGAGUGUAAAUAUUAAUCCGGAAGGGGUUCGUGUACAUAGUGAAUUGUGGUUAUCUAGUCGAAUCGAGAUACGUGAUAUGGUCUAUAUCUUGUAAGGUAUAUAUAGGUUUAACUAUGACGUAGGCUUGCGGGGGAGGAAGUGCGAGCCGAUACUUGGUGCAUUGAUCGUAGUAGUUAGGGCGUAAUCGACACUGCGAGAGUUGGGAUUUGAGAUUAUGUUUCUUAGGUGUGAGUUUUGAAUCGCAGCCGACCACGUGAUGCGGGCGGACUGUGAGAGAUAUUCUAAAGAAAAUUGCCUUCGAGGACGGUUCUUUUGUGAUGAAAAGUUUAUCCGUUUUUUAUGAUUGUUGGAUUGGAUAUAUCGAUAUUCACGUCGUACGAUAAUUUUUCGGGAGAGUCGGUUGUGUUUGUACGGUUGAAUUUAUGGAUUUGUUACGUCGUUUUGGUUUUGAGUUAAAUAAGCGUAAGAUUUUAAUCGACUGAGCGAGGCGUAGGGAUUAUAAAAAUAACAAAGUAUAAACUACGUAGCGAAGCGAAGGUGUACUUUGUAUAAUCGUCGGAAAGGAUUUGUGAUCAUCUCCUACGGGGGAUUAACGAUAUUAAUUAGGCAAUUUGUAUAGAAGAUUUUCUAUAUUUAAGGGAAAAACGCUGCAGAUCGGUUGUUUGUUUUCUUUUCGCGCGCGACAAGAUGUUCGAAGUGUCAAUUAGAACGAUGUCGAGCGCGUCGUUUAUAUUACGUAAAGAAUGAACAUUCCAACGUUUACCACACCUGUGUGUCCAAUUAUUAAGAUAUCAUGUACAAAAGUACUGUGUAUAAACCAAAGAUUAUAUAUAUGAAUAUUACAGAUGACUUACACACUAUUAUCAAAUAUCUAACACAUACGUACACGUAAUAUACACGUACGAGCUUUUGUAAGAAAAACAAAAGCUCCAAACUGAAGCACGACGACAGCAAACACAAAGUACCUUCUACGAGAAUUUUCGCGUAUAAAGUAGAGACUUUGUAUCCAAUAUGCAUUUCGCCAGAUGCAGAUGCUAUAGCCAGACGUUUUUACAGAUUAUAAUAUAAGAGUAUAAAAUUUGCACCGUUUAGUUGUCAAUUGAGAUUGAGAAAUUCAACGUAAUAAUGGACGCACGCAAACACACGGUCAACAAGGUUAUAUCACUUUAGUCCAAUAGAGAGAAAUUAUUUUUUAAAUUUGUCCCCAUCACGCGCGAGACACGAGCCAUCCAGAUCCAAGCAUCUUAUCCUAGAACUAAAUAUCUAACUAUCAACUAUCGUAUUUUAAGAACCAAGUUACCACUAAAAUCACAUUUCGUUGAACGCUGGUCUGUUCAAUGCGAAUAACAAAAGCCGAGACAGUCUGGUCAUUUACACACUAUUGUAUACUGAUAUAGCUUUUUUCUACCCGAAGAGAAUAGUAUACCAAAUUUUUAACGAGAUUUUACAUCGAUUUCCAGGCGCACAAUUUUAUUACGAAAAAUUUCUAUUAAAUCUAUAUGAUCGCGUUUUUUACGAAAAAACUAAAAUCAGUUUCGAAAGACUUUCCCGCGCGUCAUUAGUUCGAUGUACACUGUUCCAUUUGGCCAAAAGCCGCCCCGACGCUGAUGCGGAGGAGGAAUAUAAGGCGAGUAACGAAAUUUCGCAGGCCCGCUUUCUCUAAACUUUUCUCUUUCGCGCCGGAGAAGAAGUGGGUGCCGUCGGUAAAAGUAUCGCCUCGUUCGCUUUCUUCCAAGAGAGAGAGUCGAGGAACGAACGAUAUGAAAAUGCCGCGCGGUUCUCCCCAACGGCGGGAAAAAAUUACAUUUCGCCACUACACUCCAGCCGGCGUUCGAUGUACUCCCCUGUAUAUGCGCAAGAAUUCGGUCUCCGUAAAAAGGACCAGCACCUGUCCAUUCACGCACACACGUACAUAUACACACACACACACACACGAGGAAGUUUAUAUGGAAUGAGCCGCAGCUGCGAGCAUGUAAAAUAGAGCACUUUCGAAUCUCCCGUGUAUACACAUAUAUACUUGGUACGCGCAGGUAUUCCCACAUUUGUUCGGGUCGAUACACACACACACACAUACACACACACACACUAUGUAUUGCGAGGGGCUGAGUGGAUUUUUUCAAUUUUGUACUUAACGCAAACGAUCAGGGGCUGUUGCAAUCAUAUACUACACGAUAUGUGUUAUUCAACACACAGACUUUGUUUUUCUUAUUGCGAUUUUACGGAAGAGAGAGAGAGAGAGAGAGAGAGAGAGAGAGAGAGAGAGAGAGAGAGAGAUGCAAGAGUUUGUUGUUAUUGAUAUGAUUUGUAUGUAUACAUGUAUAGUGCCAAGUGCCAUAAUGGAUAAAUAUGGUGCGAUGAAUAAUGGGUACUUCUUCUGUUUAUGCGGAAUAUUGUACGCCUGCGGGAGCGACAUUUGUAUUAUAAAAAAAAUGUAAACAUCAUUGCUAAAUACAAAUAUACGAAUAUACCAUGAAAAUUGA